UGGGUGUGGGUGUGGGUGGGUGUGGGUGGGUGUGGGUGUGGGGUGUGGGUGUGGGUGCGGGUAUGGGUGUCCUUUGUAAUACACCGACACUUACAUCCACACCCACACCCACACCCCGAAAAAAAGGAUGCUCUCUGUGGGACUCGAUCCCAUACCUUCUGCUAUCUGAACAAAUGUACUGGCCUAUUAGACCAGAAGAGACAUCUCAAUCUUCUUUUAGCGUUAGACUGUACCAUCACUGAUGCUAACAGCUCGAUGGUGAAAUUACAAGAACUUUUCACUCUAUGUUUGAUUUUUGGCUUUUCCUCUUUUCAAGUUCGUUCUGGAAAAUAUGUGUGGUGCAAAACUUGUAGUUCAGAUAUUCCUCUUUGUAAUAAAAUAAAAUUUAAUUAGUUUGCAAGUUGGUAAUAUGGCCUAAUAGCAUUUGACAUUUUUGAAAAGAGUUUUGCAUUGUAUGUUAGAUUAGGAUAUUGUAUGCACUAAAUACGCUUGACCCUUCUAAUUGGUCCAUUAAGGAGUUUCUCAACUGACUAAUAGGAGUGUGAAAUGUCCUCUUCAUGAUUUAGUCAUUACUGCGGUUAGUUGACUGGUAAGUUAAGAGGCCACUUCUGAUUGGUCUAUUAAGGGGUUUUUUAACAGACCAGUCGAUAAGGAUAUCGUGUGCUAUAGAUAUGUUUGACGGUUCUAAUUGGUCCAUUAAGGAAUUUCUUAACAGACCAAUAGAUUAGGAGAUUCUAUACUAUAAAUAAACACGACAUCCUAGCACUUGUUAUCAGAUCGUCCUGGCAUACAGGACUGAUCUCGAUCAUCGAAACAGUCCUCUUUAGGACCAAUAUAUAUCUUGAUAAACCAAACAGUCCUCUUUAGGACUAAUUUACAUUUUUUUCAAUGACUAGCAAUUGGUUCGGUCUAUUUCAGAUAUGUCAACUAAUGGUUCAGUAGCACAUGGCAAUGAAGGAGGAGUGGGUGAUGUGGCUGGUUUACUAGCCCUCAUCCCCUUCUCUGGAACCAUCACUCCCAGUCAGGUUCGGCAACAGAUGGUUGGUCCCAUCCUUAAUGACCCAUCAGCGACUAUCUGCAGAAGGACCACCAUCUCGCAUAUCACGGCUGACGGAUCUUUCUGCUUGUACGCCUGCGAGCGGACAGGGCAAGCCAUGUGGGUACCCUCUGAUGAAUACUUCGUGGCCGACAGGCCACGAAGAGGACAGCAGAGAGAUACUGUCAUGAAUUACUUGGUCGCUCAAGGAAGCCAAGCAGAUAGACCCGAAGGCUAUGGUAUCCACAAUACUGAUCGUACAGCUUUUGGCGAGAAUGGAAACAUUCGACAACCCAGAGUCAAUCAUGCCAGUAUGCUGGGUCGUGUGAAAUGACCAGCGGCUACUCCAUCCCAUCGUUUCAACCCUCUGGUUUGUCCAGAACCAGCCGUGGCUAGAACGGGCAGCAGAAGGACAGUAACCAGGCGUGAACGCCGAGAGUAAGCGCGUGCGUUGCGAAACCCCCCUCCACCACCAACAACCAAUUCCACAACGACAACAACGGCGAGUGAUGGCGCCAUUCAAGGUGGUGACGAUACUAAUGUAAAUUCCAACAACGAGGGGGGUCCAAUACCAACACCAACCGCAGCCGCAACAACAACUACAACAGCAACCCGGCCUCUCGACAUCCCCAGCAUCACAAUCUGCAACAACAACAACUGGACAGAUGACGAAACAGCAACACCACAACUCGCCACGCUCAAUCUGUCCGACGACGACGACAUGGACAUGAGGACUUCUAGCCCAUGUCCCUUUUCGUCCUUCUUUCUAUUCGCCAGCAGAGGCCCUUUCGGCCCUCCAGCAUUGCUUAUCAUCCAAGGGGAAAAAGCUGAUUCUAUGAUUCCAUUGAUUCUAUUGAUCCCCUAUGAUUCUAUUGAUUCUAUAUGAUUCUAUUGAUUCCAGAAUCUGUAUGAAUAUCAUGACCUCUGUCCACUAUGAUGUCGUCCCAUUGGGUUUUUCUCAUCGCGAUUCCGGCCAAUCAGACUUUUUCAUGCUGCAACUUUGGCCAAUCAGGUUUUUUCUCGCGGCAGUUUGGACCAACAAGGUUUAUCCAUACAGUGCUUUCGGCCAAUGAGGUAUUUUCACAGCGCGGUUUCAACCAAUGAGGUUUUUUCUCACGACGGCUUUGGCCAAUCAGAUUUUUUCAUGCUGCGAUUUCUGCCAAUCAGGUUUUUCCAUGCAACGCUUUCGGCCAAUCAGAUGUUUUCACAGCGCGAUUUUGGUCAAUCAGGUUUUUUCACACAGUGGUUUCGGCCAAUCAGAUUUUUUUCAUGCUGGGAUUUUCGCCAAUCAGAUUCCUCCGUGCCGCAGUUUUGGCCAAUCAGAUUCCUUCAUGGUGCAGUUUCGAUCAAUCAGAUUUUUUCAUGCUGGGAUUUUCGCCAAUCAGAUUCCUCCAUGCCACAGUUUCGGCCAAUCAGAUUUUUUCUCACAAUGGUUUCAGGCAAUCAGGUGUUUGAGGAGGAAACACCUGGUUGGCCGAAAUCGGGGAAUGGAAAAAUUUGACUGGCCAAAAUCCCAGCAUGAAAAAAACUUGAAUGGCCGAAACCAUGGUGUGAAGAAACUUGAUUGGUCGAAGUCGCGGCAUAAAAAAAAUCUGAUUGGCCGAAACCGCUUCAUGAAAAAACCUGAUUGGCCGAAACCGCGGCAUAAAAAAAUCGGAUUGGCUAAAGCUGUCGUGAGAAAAAAUCUCAUUGGCCGAGACCGCGGCAUGGAAAAACCUGGUUGGCAAGUAUAAAUACGCAUUUUUUUACGUUUGAUUCCACAGGAUUCUAUGUGAUUCCAAAUGAUUCUGGUUGAUUCGAAGUGAUUCUGAUUGAUUCCAUUGAUUCUGACUGACUCUAUUGAUUUCAACUGAUUCCGGCCUCCAGAAUCAGCUUUUUCCCCCUUGUUAUCAUCUUCGUCGUGUCGUCUAGAGAGGCCCAUACGGCCAUUUGAUACUUUCUUUCUUUACCAGCAAAGCCCAUGCGGCCCUCUGGUAAUUUUUUUUUCAGUGUCCUCAAUAGGACCGUUCGGCCUUAUAGAGAUUUCAGCAUUUUUCUUUUCUUUUAAAAUACCUACACUUCCGUUUUUUACUUUUAGAUUCUGAUGAAGUCAAGUUGUAACUUGACAGAAACUAGUCAAUAAACGUCUACACAAACACAAAAAACUUCUUUUUUUCUUUCAUUUUUUCAUCUUGACAAUAGUGCACUCGUUAGACAAAGGUUAUAUCUGAAUAAGAAUAACCAACUACUCAUAAUUUUAAUAAAGUUAAUCGUAUAAUAAUCUUAGUUGGCUACUUUAAAGAGUCGUAAGAUCUUAAAAUUAGCCCAAGAGUACUUAAUUUUUCUAAAAUAAGGACACCAUCGAGAUGUACCAACAACAACAACGACGACGACAAAACAACUUACCAUCACCAUCAUAUUCAAUUCCAAAUGGUAUACAACUUGGUCGACAAUAUCAAUAUGGUUAUCAACAACAACCUAUGGUUUAUCAAUCAUAUGGUUUUGAUUCAUAUAAUAUGCCAUUAAAUUGGCAAUUUCAAAAUAACUGGAUGGGAGGAGCAGGAAGUUGGAUAAAUGGGCAACAACAAAUGCCCUUACAAACACCACCAUUCUAUUAUCCUAUUGAUAAUACCAUAUUGACUACUGUGGUUUCUUCUUUGAACCAAGUACAAUAUAAAGAUAAUGAAGAUGAGACACCCUCAAAAAGACGUGGUAUUCUGAAAAAAACAACAAAACCGACACAACGUCGGUUAAUUCAUUUUAUGCCAGAAAAUUGGCAAGAAAAGACCAUACCUGAUAAUCGUGGUAAUAAACCAGAUUAG